AUGGACGACGACUUGAUAGACUUUCUUCUGAUUUUUGGCGUCGUUAUUAUUCUAAUAAUUAUAACUGUUGCAGCGAUUGCUUUGGUAAGUAUCUUAUUAGAAAAAUAAGUUGGUGUUGUUUUCUUUUUGGGUUGUUACCGGUGCCAAACUAAAAGCUUUUUGAAUUGGGGAAAAAAGUGAAUGCUGAAAUCUUUAGACUCGGAUAAAAAUAAUUUCUCAGAAAUUCAUUAAAAACAUUUUUUUUUAAUGGAUGAAAGAAAUGAUCAAGAAUAAAGUUUAUAGAAAGUUCUGUAGCGCUUGAGAAACGUUAAAAAUCUCAUAUAAAACAGAAAUAUUCAUCUCAACCGAUUAAAAAAAGUAUUUCACAUCAAACAUAACGAAAAAAUAUUGAAACAAUAAUAAUGAAUCGAAAAUGUACUCUGCUUUUGUUUGGUGACCGAUAUUUAUAAAAAACUAUUACUGUUAGAAGAAAUUAUUUCCAAACGGUUCAAAAAAUGAAUUCGAAAUGUUUUUGAAAGUUUCAAUUACUUUCUUUCAACAGACAUCUGAUUAUAUCAUUUUCGAUGAAAUAAUUGAAAUUCUCGUGGCAAACUAACUUCUCAAUGAAGGGUUAUUCAGAACGCAUCAAGAAUAACGCGAUUUUUGACGCAACUUUUCCGCCGAAUACUCCGAAGAAAGAACUCGGCGAGCGACUUGGAACAUUCUUCGACGCAUUCGCCGCCGCGUCGUCGAACGAUCCGCAUCGCUAAAUCCGUUCCAUCAAACGUCGGCCGUCGCGGAAUUCUUAAACAGCCCGUUAGAAGGUCACUUUUUUUUUUCAAAACAAUACAGCUCUUUGCAGUUCCUUAACCCAUCGAAAACUAUCAUAGCUAGUUUAGCUCUAAUAAAUAUGACCGUUUCUUUAAUUCCUUCGGAGUAGCUAAGUCUAAUACAUAUGCAAUAUUUUUUUACCAGCUUCUGAAUAACAAGGAGAAGAAAAAAAAAGAUUAAACUAUUUCAGAGCGUCUUCAAAUCCACCAGCUAUGGGAGCAACCGUUCCAGACGGAAAGCAGGAGCCCAACCACUUCGUUCUCAUUUUCCCCAAACCUUUGUCCUACCAUGUAAACUUUCACCUUUCGACAAGACUUCUAAGUGCUUCCUACGGAUCAAAAAAAAUAAAAAUCAUCAAAAGCAAAACCUUGAAAUAAUGGAAAUUCCAGGAGCUCUGAACUUCUAAGCAUUUCUUGAUUCAAAGUUUUUUUUUAACUUUAAACCCUUUUAAACUCUAUUCUCACAAACUACGAAAAAAAAUAUGCGAGCUUGACCAAAAACUUCAUCAGAAUAUAAAAAAUUACUGAACGGGAUUCGUGAAAAGGUAAUUUAAAACAAUCCAACUAGAAAGUUCCAAUAUUCGCUUUAUUUUAGGGGUUGAAGCUUUCAGAAGCUUAUAACUAAUAUUUUUUUGUACUUUCUAUGAUAAAGAGCUUCAACUAAGAAGAACUUUUGAGUAUAUUUAUACAGGCGAUUUUUCUCCAAAAACAUUUUAACGAAACUUCCCUAAAUUUCCAGACAUUCCGGAAUGAAAAGACUGAGGUCAUAGCAAGAAACUUAUGAAGUUUAAAUACUUCGGUUAAUGGGGAAAAAAAAACCUUGAAGAAGCUACUGAAGAUGAAAGUUUGCUAUACGAGGUUCCUUGAAUUUGCUUUGCUUCACGGAAGCAUUUCAAAUUAGCUGAAAAUUCUGACCCGUUGCGUGUAAAACUUUAAAAAAACCUGUUUUUGUCGCCCUUAUGAUGAAUAUCUUCGCCAUAUCAAAAACGGAGUAGCUGAAUGAUGAUUUAAAAAAAAAACGCUCAAUAAUCGUUUAAUAGGAAAAGUCUUUCAUCAUUAUAAAACUUUUCAGGCCUUUUGAAAAAUUCUAUUGCCGUGUUCAAAGUAAUUUCGCGAAAUGCAAAAUGGUCUCUGACCCUCCAAAAUUUAGUUAUCUUUCUUUUUCUCUGACAGCUAUUUUGAAUUUCGCGGAAUCACUUUGAACACGGCAUAUAUUUUCGUCAAAUAUGACGUUUUCGUACAUACCUUUGACGUGAUCUCACACACUAACCAAAAGAAGUUCAGAUUCAAGCUCCUACCAAUCAGAAUAUUUGGCUGUUGAAAGAGCGGAAAGGAGACCGUUUAUACGAAAAAAAAAUAGACGAGCAAAACUAGUUUUAUUGUAAAAGGCUUAAAAAUUUUCUCUGAUAUGAAAAAAAAACAAUGAAAAUAUAAGGAGCUGAAAAUUUUUUUUUUUUUCAGAACGAGUGCCAGUCUCCGGUGCAUCCUCCACUGGCGGACAAACUGAGCUGGUCGACGAAGAGCUCCUACUUGCCGAGCAGCGUCGGAGCUCCCACCACUCGUCGUUGCUCUUUCUGA